GAACUUACAAAUCUCAAAUUGAAAGUAGGACGAGCUCAGUGUUCCGAUCCCGAUCAAAGAGCGGACUCCACACACUUUUCUCGCGGACACAACGAGGAAAGAUGAUCCUGAAAACUCUCUUUGGAAUUGUGCUAGCAUUGUGCAUGACGUUUAUUUUCAAAAUAGUUAUGUUCCUGGACUACCACAAAACACUGUGGAACCACAGACCAGGAAAAUGUCACAUCGUGAAAGGAAUAGAUCAUGGAUCUGAAGACAUGCAGACGACUACGUCCGGUUUGACCUUUAUCACAUCUGGAAUAAAUGGAGAGCUUUUCGGACCAGUCUUUCAAGAGCAUUACAAAAAACAGAAGGCCAGAGGGCGGAUCAUGCUGUUUAACAUGGAGAAACCAAAAGAUGGAGUCAAAGAACUGAAGAUUAUUGGAAACAACUUUAAUUACGAUGACUUUUUCCCUCAUGGUAUCAGUGUUCUAGAGGACAGAGGUAAAGUGCUCCUGUUUAUUGUGGUGCAUCGCACAAAGGAAGACACAGUGGAAAAGUUUGAGUUUCUGGAGAAGACCUUAGAAUUAAAACAUCUCAAAACUUAUACGGGGACACUAGUUCACUUACUCAAUGAUGUUGCUGCAACAGGACCAGAUACGUUUUAUACAACCAAUUUCGGAUAUUAUCGCGAUUAUAAAGCACAUUUUUUGGAAAUCAUGCUGGGACUUCGCUUUGGAAAUGUUUUAUACUUCGAUGGUCAAGAUUUUAUCAUAGUUUCAGAGCCAACGUUCUUGGCAAACGGGAUCGCUCUUUCAAAAUAUGGAAGAAUCGUGUAUAUUAACUCCAGUGAAGGUAAAAAGAUGAUGAUGUACAAAAGGGAGGCAAAUAACAAGCUUACCAAAGUCAAUGAAAUUGAGCUUGAUACCUUCCCAGACAACCCCGUGGUUGAUCCUCAAACAGGAGAUGUCUUGCAGGGCUGCCAUCCAAUAGGUUUCAAAGCCAUGCAACAUUUAAAUAACCCAAUUGAUCCAGGUGCAUCACAGGUCCUGAUGGUGCACAUGGACAAGAGUGGUGCUAAUGUGACAGGGGUCACGGAGCUGUUCUCAGAUGACCUUGAACUCUAUGGUUCCAGCGUAGCAACAUUAUACAAAAACCGCAUGUUGAUUGGUACAGUGUGUCACAAAAUGAUGUACUGUGAAGUCAACAUAUUGGGAUGAAUAUAUCUGAAAUCUCUGGGCAUUGUAUUCUAGUCCCCUUAAACGUUCUAAAGAUAAAUAAGAAUAUAAUUGAUAGCAAGAAGCUUUUUAUUAACAGUAGUUUUCAAUAUGAAAUGCAGAAAAUAUGUUGCUUCGGUGGUUUUGCUUGGACUCACCAUAAAUGUAUUGGUAUAUUUUGAAAUUUUCAGAUACAGUUUAUAACUAUGAUUAUGAAUAUUUUCCAUAUAAUGUUACUUUUAUUCAUAGAAUGUGUAUUGGAAUAUCUUUCUUGACUGGCGCUGUUGGUUAGAUUUACAUCUUAACGUUCAUAUGAUGUACUAGUAAUAACAACAUAUUAAAGAAUCGCGCCAAUCAUCCCCUUCAUAUGAAACUGCUCACAAAGAGCCAGAUACAUUUUUUACCCAUACAUAGCAUGUAUUUCAAAUGAACAAAAUCUGGAGGGACAAGGAUUUUGCUUCCAUUACAUUGAUUGAUUUUUUGUUUUUACUUAUAUUAUCAACGAUUUUCAGGAUGAAUGAGUGAAGUAAGAUGUGACAAUUUUUACAAACUUGUUGUGCCAUACGAAUAUUUGUACAAAUACAUGCGAGCCUGUCAGAAUAUCAGACAACGGAACAAAAAGAUGUAUGUAGGAAUUUAGGAAUAAAGAUGGUGCUGAUACAUUGUACAUGUUAAUUUGUGAUUUAUUCUGAAAUAUUUUGUGAUAAAAUUGCGUUUCCAAUAUCAGCUUCGUGUUUUGUUUUUGAUAGGAUAAAAAUAAUUAUGUAUAACAUACAUUUUAAGGAAUUCAUUGAGCGUAAUUUGCUAUGAAAAAAUUGCACAUGUGUGUGAUUUUAAAUACAUGUAUUAUAAAAUAUAAUCCCACCAAAUAUCUCAGAUUCUGUAUAAUGUGGCAUUGAAUGCUUCCUUGUAUCAAAUAGAUACAAUAUCAAAUUACUGGAAAGUAGGACACUCGCAGAGGACAUACGUUUUGUGUUUUACUACCUCUAUAUACCUACCUAUAGUGUGUUACAUGUAUCUUGUAGUUCUUAGUGAAUUCUCGUGUGAUGUUAACUUGCAUAUACCUAGUAAAGAUAUUUUCCCACCUUUUAA